AUGACCAUUGGGCUUGAGAGAUCCAAUGACCAUGAUUCCCAUGAUACUCUAGAGCCUUCCAUACCAAUUUCGGCUCUUCAAGAUGCCCAGAACCCUCCACCGGAUAUGUAUCAAAGUGGCAACAUGAAUGGAAAAAGCACCAUACCAAUCGCCGUAAAUCCGGUUGAGUUGGUGACGACAGAAUGCAUUACAGUCACAUCCUCGAUGCGAAAACAUUCGAGAUGGGCUCAUUCUUCUGUCGCAGCUAUUUUGGGCGGUGGUGGUGUUUCGCGAGCCUACGAACGAGAGCUUUCCGUCCAGUCAAAUAUCUCCCUCUCAGCGAAAUCGCCGGCAAAAUUCGCCCCGACGAAAUUUGGAACUCUGGGUGUUGAAGGGGAACACGCACUCUCAAGUAGAUGGGGCCUAAGGGGGAAGAAGGGAAAGAGCUUGCAGGAUAAUCCGUUGAUGUCCGCUUUCACCCGUCUACGUAUUGAUCUCAAGGACUGUAAAGAUAUUCGCGAUUUUGAUACCCCUGCUCUUCUGCAUCCCUUCCUUCAAGUUAUUCGUUCGUCUUCGACUUCCGCCCCGAUUACGUCUCUUGCCUUGGUUGCAAUAACGAAGUUUUUCGCCUACAAUAUCAUUAACAAAGACUCUCCGCGCCUAUCCAUGGCUCUCCAGCUCCUAUCAGCCGCCAUCACACAUUGCCGAUUUGAAGCUAGCGACUCUUCUGCUGACGAAAUUGUCCUGCUCCGCAUUCUCAAGCUAAUGGAAGGCAUGAUUUCCAGGCCUGAGGGUGAACUCUUGGGAGACGAAAGUGUUUGCGAAAUGAUGGAAACAGGAUUGAGCAUGUGCUGCCAAGUUCGACUAUCAGAGGUCCUUCGGCGCUCAGCUGAAAUGUCGAUGAUAAAUAUGUGCCAGGUCAUCUUCCAGCGCCUUUCCCAGUUGGGUGUGGAAGAUAUGGUAGAACACGAUUCCCUGCAGGAGGAGAAAUCGCUUGAGGAAUCUGGGAAUUUCAAGAUGGAUCCUUCCGUUGACGGAGAUACUGUUACAUCACAACACCCUUCAGCCCUCGGCAUGGAUACAUCGAGUCCUGAAAAGGAACAUACCAGUGGUGAGGAUGAUUCAGUGGCUAUUACCAACGGCGACUCAGCAGCUACCAGUGCCCCUGCACCACACGAAAACAUGUCUCCCGAAGUUAAGCCCUAUUCAUUACCCUCAAUCCGGGAGCUCUUCCGCGUUCUCAUUGACUUGUUGGAUCCGCACAACCGCCAACACACUGACAGCAUGAGGAUCAUGUCAUUAAGGAUAAUCGACGUAGCUCUUGAAGUUGCAGGUCCCUCAAUAGCGAGGCACUCGAGUCUUGCGCAACUUGCAAAGGAUGACUUGUGCCGCCACCUUUUCCAACUCGUAAGGUCUGAAAAUAUGGCUUUGUUGAAUGGAUCUCUUCGGGUUGCGGGGACACUUCUAUCUACCUGCCGGAAUGUCCUGAAAUUGCAGCAGGAACUUUUUCUCUCUUACUUGGUUGCGUGUUUGCAUCCAAGAAUAGAAAUACCACGGGAAGCCGGAAUCGAUCCUAGCCUCUAUGCUGGUGUUCCACAGGCACCCAAGCUGGUGAAACCGGCGCCGUCACAAUCAAGUAGUGGACGGUCAACACCAGUUCCUGUUAAGGAUCGUCAAAAACUUGGUUUGGAAGGAGGAUCUCGGAAGCCAGAGGCCAGAGAGGCCAUGGUGGAAUGUAUAGGAGCCCUGGCGCGAAUUCCCAGUUUCAUGGUUGAGCUCUUUGUUAAUUAUGACUGCGAAGUCGACCGGGCCGAUCUUUGUGAAGAUAUGGUUGGGCUUUUGUCCCGUAACGCAUUUCCGGACUCAGCAACUUGGAGUACUACAAAUGUGCCUCCACUUUGCCUUGGCGCCCUCUUGGGGUAUGUGCAAUUCAUUGCUGAAAGGCUAGACCAGCCGCCUAACUACGACAACCUUCCUGACCCUGCACAGUUAAAAUAUCAGCGUCAACGGAAGAAAAUCAUUAUCCAAGGCUCUUCGAAAUUCAAUGAAAACCCCAAGGCUGGGAUUGCUUUUCUCGCCUCUAAUGGUAUUAUAGAGGACCCAGAUAACCCUCAACUUGUUGCAAAGUUUCUCAGAGGGACCAGUCGAAUAUCGAAAAAGGUUUUGGGAGAAUAUAUUUCGAAAAAGUCUAACGAACCUCUUCUUGACGAAUUCAUCAGUCUUCUCGAUUUCAACGGCAAAAGUGUGCAUGAGGCUUUACGGGACCUCUUGGGCUCUUUCCGCCUACCGGGUGAAGCGCCCCUUAUUACCAGGAUCUUAACUUUCUUUUCGGACAAGUAUAUCAGCAGGGUGCAGCCUGCUGGUAUCGCAGAUAAAGACUCACUUUUCGUCCUUACCUAUGCCAUUAUAAUGUUAAACACCAACUUAUACAAUCGGAAUGUCAAGCCCCAGGAUCGAAUGUCGUUUGAGGGUUUUGUAAAAAACUUGCGAGGAGUUAAUGGGGGGAAAGAUUUUGACACGGACUUUCUUCAAGACAUAUACACUUCUAUUGAACGCAAUGAAAUUAUAUUACCCGAUGAGCAUGAAAAUAAGCAUGCUUUUGAUUAUGCUUGGAAAGAGUUACUCAUGAAAACUGUGGGAGCUGGAGAAUUGGCCAUAUUUGAAUCCAACGUAUUUGACGCCGAAAUGUUCGAAGUGACCUGGCGACCAGUGGUAGCAACGCUUUCUUAUGUUUUUAUGUCUGCGUCCGAUGAUGCAGUCUUUUCAAGAGUUGUCAUCGGCUUCGAUCAAUGUGCCAAGAUCGCUGCACGGUACAAAUUGACAGAGGCGCUCGAUCGCAUCAUAUAUUGUCUUAGCUCCAUAAGCACCCUUGCUCCAGAUACAACACCUAAUACAUCUCUCAAUACUGAGGUUCAAGCUGAGAAAAAGAGCGUCAUGGUUAGCGAGCUUGCGGUAAAAUUAGGCAGGGAUUUCAGGGCACAGCUGGCAACAGUGGUGUUGUUCAGGGUGCUGACUGGAAAUGAAGCAAUCGUCCGAGAUGGCUGGACGUACAUUGUCCAAAUUUUACAUAACCUGUUCAUAAACUCACUCAUUCCUCAGUUUGAGAGCAUGAAACCGAACUUGAAUAUCCCUCCAAUCCCACUCCAACCUCCAUCGCAAAUCAUCGACCGAGAUGGACGAGGCAAUGACACGGGUCUACUUUCAGCCUUCACGUCAUAUCUCUCGAGCUACGCUGCGGACGAUCCCCCUGAACCAUCUGACGAGGAACUUGAAAACACUCUAUGCACAGUGGACUGCAUCAAUGCAUGCUCCAUUCCUGACGUUCUUGCCAAUAUAAGUUCCAUGCCCGUGGAGUCAGUUGUUUCUUUAGUCAACACCUUGCUUUUAUAUCUCCCCGACACAAGCCCAGCUGUGAUUGUUGUUAAGCCUGAAAGACCUCAGACCAUCACGUCUCGACCAUCCAGCGGCAAAGUUGAUCCGAAUAGACCAAGCUACGACCCUGGAAUGAUAUACGUACUUGAAUUGGCCACUAUUCUUACCCUCCGGGAUCAAGAUACCAUUCGAGAACUAGGGGAAUUUCUUACCAGCGCGCUACAGAAUAUUGUCCGAGACUCUAAAAGCUUCCAUUCUCUUCUAGUUUCUCGAACAAUAUCAUAUCUUCUCAAUUUACUCUGUCAUGCUUACGAACACUCCUUUAUGCGAGCACCAGUCGUCCUUCAUGCGAUAUCAACUUUUGAUCAACCUACAUUGGAAAACUCAGCCAUUCCUAUUAUCAAAGGCCUCUCCGAUUGUAUUACACACGCUGCUCCACUGAGAAGCGAAAUCACCAAGUCACCAGAUUUCUGGUCGAUAUUACAGCGGCUACACAAACACCAAGAAGGGGCUCCUAUGAUUUUUGAGCUUCUUCAACGUAUUGUUCAUUUCACUCCACCAGUAAUUUCAGCCGACAACUAUGAGUCGGGUGUAAGCCUUGCAAACGAUUUCGCAAGUGCAGGAAGCAUCGCUGCUGCACCUAAUCCAAGGAGAGAUCCUUCGGGAAGGAGAGUAAAACCUGUAAAGCAGCCUAAAUCUCAGGACAAUCCAUUUGUGCAACGGGGAACUAAGGCGAUCGGUCUCAUUUACCACUUGACAGGCCGUGUGCCGACACUUAUUGAACAAUCUCACCUUGAAAGAAAUGAAGCGUGGGCUGCAUACUGGUCUCCAAUAUUUAACGCACUGACAACGCAAUGCCUCAAUCCCUGUCGCGAGGUUCGACACCAAGCUAUCUCGGCGCUACAGCGAUCCCUGUUGUCACCUGAGCUUGCCUCGACUGACCACACAGAGUGGAUCGCGAUUUUUGCAGAAGUGUUAUUUCCGUUAAUCUUACAGCUUCUCAAACCUGAAGUGUAUCGAUCGGACCCCGUGGGAAUGAGCGAAACCCGUGUUCAGGCGGCAACUCUUGUCUGCAAAAUAUUCCUUCAUUAUCUUGUCUUGCUUUCGGAAUGGGAUGGAAUGUUGGAUUUGUGGCUGAAGAUAUUGGAUAUCUUGGACCGAAUGAUGAACAGUGGACAAGGAGAUAGCCUUGAGGAAGCGGUACCUGAAAGCCUAAAAAACAUACUUCUCGUCAUGGCAGACGGGGGUUAUUUGGUUUCACCCGCUGAAGACCCAUCUAGAGAAACACUUUGGGUAGAGACCCAAAGGCGCCUGGAUCGAUUUCUUCCUCACCUCUUCGCUGAGAUAUUCCCACCCAAAACUGACGAACAGCAGCAACAGCAGCAAACACCAACACCAACACCAACACCCCCCCAGUCACCCCCUUCAACUGACCCCCCGCAGCGUAAGUCUCCGCGUGACGGCGAGGAGGGAGAUGAAAAAACCAGAACCAGUAAAUCACCCGCUCCAGCUGACGGCGUCGAUGACAAUCCCGUUGAUUGA